AGCGGGGAGAAGGAAGUCCUUAUUCCGGCAAACUAUCCGCCUAAAGACGAAUAAAACCUGAUUAAAACCUGAUUAAAACCUGAAUCAGGAUUAAGACAGAGUAUGGAAGCGAGUAAAGCACUUCAGACGGAAGCCAAGGAUGCUACUGGACCGGGAGAGGCCAAAAGGGCAGCAGCUGCAGCCAAGGCGGCUAACCGCCUGCCUGAAGUUCGUCUGGUGGUGCUUGGAUGGAGGUGGCCGGGGAAGAGCCUGACUGGAAACUCAAUCUUAGGCCGAGAGGAGUUUCACUUGGAGCGGGCAGCCGAGUUCUGCGUGAAGAGAGAGACAGAGGUGCUGGGGCGCCAGGUGACUGUGGUGGACACUCCCGGCUGGUUCUCGGCCCAGGAUACACCCCCCUCCUACAAGCAGGAGUUGGUGAGGGGAGCGUCUCUUUGCCCUCCAGGUCCACACGUCUUCCUGCUCGUCAUCCCCGUUGGCAUGUUCACAGAGGUGGAUCGCGCUCGCAUCGAGGAGCAUGUGAGCCUCUUUGGUGAACACGUGUGGAAGCACACGAUUGUGGUCUUCACCUGGGCGGAGGUGUUGAAGACCAUUUCCAUCGAGAGGUACAUUCGCAGGGAGGGCAAGGAGCUGCAGUCGGUGCUGGAGAGGUGUAAGAGAAGGUACUUUGUCAUUAAUAACAGCAUAUUCGGGGAGCAUCCCCAGGUGGGGCGUUUGCUGGAGAGAGUGGAGAAGGUAGUGGCAGAGGAGGGGGGCUACUACAACCCAGAGGAGGUGGAGAAGAAACCUCUGGAUGAGAACCAGAAUCCAGCUAGAGAGGGCCGGGAGCUGGGGGCACGGCCCAAACAGAACUCUGUGCUGAGUUUGCCAAAAACCACGGAGGUGGAGACGCUUUCAACUUAAACAAGCACUCUUUGCUGAUGGACCCUCUCAACCGCAACCACAAGAAGGAAAAGGGUAACUGAAAUUUCACUGCAUGUACAAACCAGCGUAUCUUAUUUAUUUUUUUAAUCAGAAAUGUUACUGUGUGUUUUAGUUGUCUGUGUUCUUUAUGACUCUCACUGUGAUGAUUCAGGAGGCCUUUGCCACAUAAACACCCUUUUUUUUUUUCACCCUGUCCAAAGAUUUAUUCUCCAAUGUUUAUUUUGUUCUUUAGUUUUGAAGAUGUUCUUGUUAUAAUAUCUUGAGGGUUGUGUGUUGGGAGGGAUUUAAUUGAAUCCAAAACAAGGAAGCACAAACUGUUACACAUAUUGACAUUUUUAAACCCAAUGUGUACACUCCUUAGUGUCGGCGAAUACAAACGGCAGAACUGCACUACUAAAUUGUUACUGAUAUUUUGCCGAUGACUGUUAAGGGAAUUGCUUUUUUGACGAUUCCCAUUUGUUGUGACCAAAUUGUAAAAUGCUUUUCUCGUGCUGCAAUGUUUAUUACUCUCUCAGUGGACAGUUAUAAAGCACACGGGCAGUUAUUGAUUCUGUGAGUUGCCUUAAAGCAGUGAAUUUGUUUCCCUUAAAUGGAUCCGUCACGUCUAUAACACUGUGGCAGAGGGAUAUAUUUCAGGAAAGGAUGCGCUACCACAAAGAGCUGCACUGGUCAGUUUAUUAACUGACAGAACUUAAAACUGCAACUAUUAUAAUAAUCGAUUUAUAGUUCACAUUUUUUUAAAUAAUCAGAAAUGGGAAAUAAUUCCUUUUUUAAAUUCCUCAGUUGUCAAAGUUGUGUAUUUAACUAAAUAUUUUUGGGUUUCUGAGUGUGUCUAAAUAGGUGAUUUCAAAUCAUCUUUUUUGGCGUUAGGGGACUGUAAUGGGUAUUUUUCAAAACAUUUUGACAUUUAAAAAGGCAUUUUUUGACAGACUAAACAUCAAUAAAUUUAUCGGAAAAUGAAUUGGCAGAUUAUUUGAUGAUGAAAAUAAUCUUUAAAUGCAGCCAAACUAGCGUGUGCACCUGCUUGAGUACCUUAAAGGACACCCAAACACUGCUGGUGUUAACUUACUCUUUAAGGGUACAAGCAAUGUGUUUGGUGAGAAGCACUGAAUGUAAACAUAAAGACAAAAUCACAAAACAACCAGGCACCUUUAAGGUUUUUGUUUGUCGAAAAACAAGAAGCUGGUGUAGUCUUUUGCUCUCCACAGACUAUACAGGCAGUAUGGAAGACUCUCUAACUCUUUGUUAUGGUGUACUAUUAUUGGAUGUUGGAGUCAGCUGGUCUCUGGACAGACCCACAAAUCUGAGGACGCGUGUAACCGUUUUUUAUAGGUCCUUAAUAUCUCACUGUACGGACCAUCAGAUGACUCGGGUAGUGUUACAUCACCAUCCGACUGGCCCAGUUAAAAAACAUACAGUAAUAACCGUUACAUACUGUAUUUGUGUGACCCGGUUGAAUCUCUCCAGCACUACUUCUCUUGUGUCUGCUUUUGUGGAACUUGUAGAACUGGCCGAGCUGGCCGAGCUGCAGAAAGCACAAACCAAAGUAGUGAAUCGAGUCCUUGAACGUAUCCCUCUGCUGCAGAUCAUGUGACUCUUACUUGGGAACACUGCUCAUUUAGUUUUAGUUAAUUCUUGAGAAAUACAGGUGUGAAUCAGGUACUGGUAACAUUGCUUGAGUGCCUGUUAGUUUCAAGGACCCUGGGACACCCGGUGAAUACGUUCACAAAGAACGACUGUUGUAAAGAAACCCAGCGAGGCCCUGAAGGCCACCAUUUAAACAAACUGACUCAAAGCCUUUUAUCGUAGGAAUGCUGUAGAUACUGUUUCUGUAAAGUAGCUGUCAGUCUUUUCCAUGAAUGUGUUUAUACUCAUUAGAGUUUAGAGCAAAUCCAAUGCUGUAUACUCAGGAAACAAAUAUUUCACCAAGUGUGGGCAAAUACAGACCUGUUUGUUGACAUUUAGUGCUGAAAUAUGAUACAGGAAACAGGUCCGCUGUAGACCUAUUGUAAACUAGUGCCUGAACUCAGUAUUACUGACAUAUCUUUGCCUUUUUUUUUUUCAGGGGUUUGACAAAAACAACUCUUGGAAAAAGUACUUUAACACUGCUACAGAUGUGGGGCAUACUGUAUUUGAUUAAAUGAUAAGAGGUUUGAUAAUCAACACUCUGAUAUGAGUUUCAAAGCAACAUGGAACCACUAAUCCACCAAUCAGAAAACAGCAGAACAUUUUCAUCAAAAACAUAUUUAUAUAAAGGAUGACUGAACACAAAAUGAGGUCAGGAUAUAGCAGACGUGUAGAAAACCUGCUAUUGGGUGUGCAACCUCAUAUAAACCACCUUUGUAGCAGUGUUCGUAAUGGUUAUUGGGUUACUUUUCAAAGUCCAGCAUGUGAAUCAAGUUACUCUUAAGGAACUAAUGAAGGUAACAGAGUCAACUCUACUGGGCUUCUGUAUCAUCUGUAGGCCUGAGGCUUAUUGUCUUAUUGUAAUGUCUUGUUGGCCCAAACUAUUUACUUCUUAGAAAUGCUCUGUGUUGUUCUUCUACUAAGCAUAAAUAAAUGUAUA